UGGUGGGUAUAUAAGGAGAGGAUGGAUAGGAAUAAGUAAAAAAUUUUUUGGUAUAUAAAUUAAUCGAUUAUUUCAACAUUUUAUUAUUUAAAAGAAAUUGUUAUGUACUUAUUUCUACUUGAAUUUUCCUCUAUACUUGCAAUUGCAUCAAGUGAAGAGUUUAUCGUUAACAAUGAAAAAUGCAAAAUUCCUGACUUCCCUGUCUUUUCGGAAGACGUCAAGCCCUAUUAUAAGAAAUUACAUUAUCACAGUUGCAACCAUUCACAGCUGUUGACUUACACUUCUGUAGAAAACAAUAAGGCUUACCUCCAUCUUGAUAGAACAAGCCUUAAUUCUGAGAAGAUUGAUUGCUGUUAUAAAUAUGUAACCAGAAAGGGAAAAAAAGAUGAACCGGACGUUGGUAUAGAAUAUUCAAAAUGUCACCCAUUCAAUUCAACAGUGGCUCUAGAAGGAAACAUCGUUUCGGUAAAAUGCGAAUUACCCAAUAAAAAAACAUUUAAAAAUGCUCAUUCCCCAAUAGUAAUAACUAAAGCUGUGGAAGAAAAACUUAAAAAAUUUAAUAAAGAAGCGAAGAAAAGACCCCUAAGUGUCCUGUUUAUGCUUAUAGAUGCUGUUUCUCGAUUGAAUUUUGAGAGACAAAUGCCAUUAACAAAGAAGUUUCUAUUGGCCAAUAAUUUUACAGAGUUUAUACCUUACCACAAGGUAGAUCAAAACAGUUACCCCAAUUUCAUUGCAUUAAUAGCUGGUCUUACCGGACGUCAAUCGGAAGAAAUUUGCAAACCCACUGUGGUUGGCGGUUUAGACAAAUGUCCGAUGAUCUGGUACGAUUUUCGAGACUUAGGUUAUGCUACUGCGUAUGGUGAAGACUGGUCCACACAAACCACAUUCAAUUAUGGGGGCAAGAAGGGAUUUAAAACUCCACCUACCGAUUAUUACUUUAAGCCAUAUAUGGACGCUGUUACUAAAUUAGGUACUAAAAAUUACGAUCGAAUGCCGUAUUGUGCGGGACCAGAAACUCAAGACUUUAUCAUCAACAAUGAAAAAUGCCAAAUUCCUGACUUCCCUGUCUUUUCGGAUGCCGUCAAGCCCUAUCACACGAAAUUAAAUUACAUCAGUUGCAACGAUUCACAGCUGUUGACUUACACCACUGUAGAAAACAAUACGGCCUACCUCCAUCUUGAUAGAACAAGUCUUAAUUCUGAGACGAUUGACUGCUGUUAUAAAUAUGUAACCAGGAAUGGAAGUAAAGAUGAACCGGACGUUGGUGUAGAGUACUCAAAAUGUCACCCAUUCAACUCAACAGUGGCUCUAGAAGGAAACAUCGUUGCGGUACAAUGCAAAUUACCCAAUAAUAAAAAAUUUAAAAAUGCUCAUUCCCCAAUAGUUAUAACUAAAGCUGUGGAAGAAAAACUUAAAAAAUUUAAUAAAGAAGCAAAGAAAAGACCACUCAGUGUUCUGUUUAUGCUUAUAGAUGCUGUUUCUCGACUGAAUUUUGAGAGACAAAUGCCAUUAACAAAGAAGUUUCUAUUGGCAAAUAAUUUUACAGAGUUUAUACCUUACCACAAGAUAGAUCAAAACAGUUUUCCCAAUUGCAUUGCAUUAUUAGCUGGUCUUACCGGAUAUCAAGCUCUCGAAAGUUGCAAAUCCACUGAGGUUGGUGGUUUAGACAAAUGUCCGAUGAUCUGGUACGAUUUUCGAGACUUAGGUUAUGCUACUGCGUAUGGUGAAGACUGGUCCACACAAACCACAUUCAAUUGGGGGAGCCAGAAGGGAUUUAAAAAUCCACCUACCGAUUAUUACUUUAAGCCAUAUAUGGACGCCGUUACUAAAUUAGGUACUAAAGUUUACGACAAAAUGCCGUAUUGUGCUGGACCAGAAACUCAAGGGGAGAGAAUCAUGAAUAUUGCCAAAGACUUUAGCACAACUUUUAAAGAUCAACCCAGUUUCGGUGUCUUCUGGAUGAACACCUUUAGCCACGACAGGCUUAGCUCUCCAAGUCGAAUGGACGAAAAAUUUAAAAAGUUUGUGGAGGAUUUAAAAAGUGAGGGAAUUUUAGAUCGCAGCAUGGUUGUAGUGUUUGCUGAUCACGGUUAUCGAGGACCACCAGUUCCUAGAUAUAAAGAUACUUACCAAGGAUGGUACGAAGACAGAAAUCCCAUGAAUUUUAUAUCACUUCCAAAAUGGUUUCAAGAAGAAUAUCCCAAAAAGUAUCAGAAUUUUAAGGAUAAUUCAAAGAAAUAUACUAGUACAUAUGAUUUUUAUCUUACGCUUCAAGAAAUAUUAGCAACGUCUGUAGAAAAUUAUACAAUGACUGGAAGCAAAGCGUGUCCAACUUGUCAUUCAUUUUUCGCAGAAAUUCCAGAUAAGAGGAGCUGUGCUGACGCAGGAAUUUCAUAUUGGUGCUCAUGUGAAGGCAAAAAAAAUUGAGAAAGAAAAUCUUUUAUAGAUACAUAUAUUGCACAUUUGGGUUAUUAUAUUGUACUGUUUCUACAUUUUACAAAAGAUUAUAAAUAUAAUUGUUCGAA